AUUUAUGAAACCACAUGGUCGCAGUCCCCGGAAGAAUUUAGCAAGCAAGACCAACCCUCCUCUGUUAUAUUAGACGAAUUUGCAUUAUGUAAUGACAGCAACUCCCACGUUAACGGUGUUUCUACUUGACACAAGUCCAUGUCAGGUCCAUUUCCUCAGAUUUGAGGAUAAGACAACGUGAACAACUGAACUGUCCUGGUUCCAGAGUCUCUUGCAAGCAACCAACUUCGUCAUACAGUGCAGCGCUAAGCUUGCUAGUUGGCUUGUCUAUUCAUUAUCCACACAGGACCAGCGAAUUUCUGGGCUAUUGCUCACCCUACAAGAUGUUUCAGAUCAAGAAAAUCUGCUGUAUAGGCGCUGGCUACGUGGGAGGCCCGACAUGUAGCGUGAUCGCGCACAUGUGUCCAGAAAUCAAAGUCACCGUGGUGGAUGUCAACGAGUCCAGAAUAAAGGCCUGGAACUCGGACACGCUGCCGAUCUAUGAGCCAGGCCUGAAGGAGGUUGUUGAGUCCUGCCGAGGGAAGAAUCUCUUCUACUCCACAGACAUAGACACCGCUAUUAGGGAAGCAGACCUUGUCUUCAUCUCUGUGAACACCCCGACUAAGACUUAUGGGAUGGGGAAAGGGCGCGCGGCAGACCUCAAGUUCAUCGAGGCGUGCUCCCGGCGGAUCGUCGAGGUGUCGGAGGGCUACAAGAUCGUGACGGAGAAGAGCACCGUGCCGGUCAGGGCUGCCGAGAGCAUCCGCAGGAUCUUCGAUGCCAACACCAAGCCCAGCCUCAACCUGCAGGUCCUGUCCAACCCAGAGUUCCUCGCGGAGGGGACGGCCGUCCGGGACCUGAAGGAGCCGGACCGCGUUCUGAUUGGUGGAGACGAGACGCCCGAUGGCCAGCGUGCCAUCCAGGCCCUGGCGGCCGUCUACGAGCACUGGGUCCCCAAAGAGCGCAUCAUCACCACCAACACCUGGUCCUCGGAGCUCUCCAAACUGGCAGCCAACGCCUUCCUGGCCCAGCGGAUCAGCAGCAUCAACUCCAUCAGCGCGCUGUGCGAGGCCACGGGGGCCGACGUGGAGGAGGUGGCCCGCGCCAUCGGCAUGGACCAGCGCAUCGGCAGCAAGUUCCUCAAGCCCAGCAUCGGGUUUGGUGGGAGCUGCUUCCAGAAGGAUGUGCUGAACCUGGUGUACCUGUGUGAGGCUCUCAACCUCCCGGAGGUGGCUUCUUACUGGCAGCAGGUCAUCGACAUGAACGAGUAUCAGAGGCGAAGGUUCGCCUGCCGGAUCAUCGACUGUCUCUUCAACACCGUCACUGGGAAGAAGAUCGCGCUGCUGGGCUUCUCCUUCAAGAAGGACACGGGAGACACCCGGGAGUCGUCCAGUAUCUACAUCUCCAAAUACCUGAUGGACGAGGGGGCAAAGCUGUACAUAUUUGACCCGAAGGUUCUGAAAGAGCAGAUCAUUCAGGACCUGUCCCAACCCAGCAUCUCUGAGGACAACCCAGGGCGGGUGUCUGAGCUGGUGACGGUGACCAAGGACCCGUACGAGGCAUGCAAGGGGGCGCACGCCCUGGUCAUCUGCACGGAGUGGGACAUGUUCACGGAUCUGGACUAUGAGAAGAUUUACUUCCAGAUGCUGAAGCCUGCGUUCAUAUUCGACGGCAGACGGGUUCUGGACCACCUUCACCCCAGACUGCAGAGCAUCGGCUUUCACAUUGAGACCAUUGGCAAGAAGGUGGCCACCGCCCGUAUCCCCUUCACUCCCCCCGCAGGGGUCCCGCGAAUCAGCGCCAGAGAGCCCCCGACCAAGAAGGCCAAAAUCUAAGAGCACCCAUCUCCCCCUCCCCUCCAGGAUCAAUGGCUAUAACUGACUUCCUGUCAGCUGAGAUUCAAAUAUUGACUGAUUCCAUCUCUCAGUACAAUUAUGUACUGUCCACCUCAAGUCAGUGUGAAAACAACUAAGAAUAUGCACACCCUACUCUGUCCAUCUGCACACACCCAUCCAUGUUGCCCUGUCCUGUCUAAUCCACUGGUCAUUCAGUGUGCCCCCUAAUGCUCAGCACUCGCUAUUACCUGUAUUGUGCACUGGUCAGUGUCUUACUGUAUCCAAACAUUGUCCUCCGUGGAUCAUGCACUCACUCAGUUUAAUGGUUGUCGGUUUUUUUGUUGUUAAUCCAGCAGUCUGUAAUCCAGUACUCGACCCAUGCAGCAUUGACGUGGUUUGUCUUGGUUUCAUUUCCAAUCAUGUCCCUGAUUCAGCUUCAUUCCCAUUGAUUUCAUACCAGUUAGUGUGACAGCAGACUUGUACAUUUUUUUAUGAACAGAAAAGAUUUUUUAAAAUAUGUCCUGUUAUACAGGAUUUUCAAGUUUGCUAAAAAAAAAACCUCAAUGCCACUGAAGUUUAUUGAGAAAUAAAUAAAAUGGACCAAUGCACUUGA